AUGUUGGUUCUGAUGUUUUGGAUCACGUUUGUUGUUCCCAGGCCGACCCUGCUCCUUGAGAACUACCAGCCUUGGCUGAACCUGAAGGUUCACUCCAAAGUGGACGCGUCAGUAGCUGAGGUGUUUGAGCUGGUUCUGGAGAAGUUUGUGUUCCCCUGGUAUCGGGAAAUCACGGAUGACGAGGCGUGUUUAGACCAAGUCCGGAUGAUUUUUCGCUUCUUUGCAUCAGUGCUCAUCCGCCGAGCACAGAAGGUCGACGUCCCGGCGGUGUUUGCAGACAAAGUGAUGAAGGCUGCCAUGAAGCACAUCGAAAUUAUUACCAAAGCUCAAGCAAAAGUGAAGGCUGGGCAGAGUUUGGAGCAGGCAGCUCUGGAGGAGUACGGCAGCAGCCUCCACGUCGCUCUGCACAGCCGGAAAGACGAGCUGCUCUACCUGAGGACGCUGACACAGAUGCUGUUUCCCUACGUCUUACCUCCCAAAGCCAGCGACUGCAGGUCUCUGGCUCUGCUGCUGCGGGAGGUGAUGGCUGGUUCCGUCAUCCUGCCCACCUUGGACUUCAUGGCCGACCCUGACAACGUGAACCUCAUGGUGCUUAUCUUUGUCGACGACACUCCGCCAGAAGCAGCCACAGAACCGCCGUCUCCGCUGGUUCCCUUCUUACAUAAGUAUGCCAACGUCAACAGCAAGAAGCCGUCGGUGCUGAAGUUGGAGCUGAAGGAGAUCCGUGAGCAGCAGGACCUCCUGUUUCGCUUCAUUAACUUCCUGAAGCAGGAAGGAGCUGUGCACGUGCUGCAGUUCUGCCUCGCCGUGGAGGAGUUCAACAACAAGAUCCUGAGUCCAGAGCUGAACGACCCGGAGCUACAGCGUCUCCAUGCCGAGGUGGUGCACAUCCACGAGACCUACUGCCUGGACGAAAGCAUCGACAAGAUCAACUUCGACUCGUUGAUCAUGGAGGAGAUCAGGAACAUUGCCAGAGGUCCCUACGUGGACGUGAUAAAGCUGCAGAAGACGCCCUGUCUCUUCGAAGCGUAUGAACACGUCCUGUCUCUGCUGGAGAAGGUCUUCACGCCCAUGUUCUGUCACAGCGACGAGUACUUCAGAUAUCUGCUGAAAGGAGCAGAGUCCCCAACAAGAAGCUCCAGGAUCAGCAGAAACCCGUCCAAACGAGGCGAGACGUUCGGGAUCAGCAGAAUCGGCAGUAAAAUCAAAGGUGUGUUCAAGAGCACAACGAUGGAGGGCGCCCUGCCGCCCAGCGCCAUGAACGACACCGACGACGACACGGUGGAGGAGGCAACUGUGGUCAUGGAGGACGACUGCGUCCCCGAGCCGUCCAGCUCGCUCGUGAAUCAGAGGAACCUGCUGGCCUGGAGCGUCAGCAUCCCCUGCAUCGACUUCAGCGAGGACGUCGUGAAGAGGGAGAGGAUCCCCGUCUUCUGCAUCGACGUGGAGCGGAACGACCGCAAGAACCUGGGUCAUGAGUCUGAGCGGUGGAUGAUUGACAGGCGGUACCUGGAGUUCUACGUUCUGGAGUCCAAACUCACUGAGUUUCACGGCACUUUUGAAGACGCUCAGCUUCCGUCCAAAAGAAUUAUUGGACCAAAGAAUUCUGAGUUCCUGGAGUCCAAACGAGAAGAAUUCCAAGAAUAUUUACAGAGGCUCCUGCAGCGCCCGGAGCUCAGUAACAGUCAGCUGUUGGCCGACUUCCUGUCUCCAAACAGCGAAGAGUCUCAGUUUCUGGACAAGAUGCUUCCGGACGUCAACCUGGGUAAAAUAUUCAAGUCUGUUCCGGGAAAGCUGAUUAAAGAGAAAGGGCAGAACCUGGAGCCGUUCCUGCAGUCCUUCUUCAACUCGUGCGAGUCGCCCCGACCCAAACCGGGCCGAGAACUCACCGUCCUCAGUCCGUCUGCAGAGAACAACAGGAAGCUCUCCAACGGUCUGUUCAGGAACAACGCCAACUGGACCGACGGCCCGGACAGGAAACGCACCUCCAGCUGCGUCACGGAGCCGACGAGCGUGCACGGCAUGUACGACUGCAUGAUGUACGUGGGUCGGGUGGUGUUCCGGGUCCCGGACUGGCUGCACCACGUCCUGGCUGCCGGACGGAUCCUGUUCAAGAACACGCUGGAAGCCUACCUGGACCAGUACCUGCAGUCCAAACUGGAGGCCGUCCUGCAGGAGCACCGCCUGGUGUCACUCAUCACGCAGCUGCGGGACGCUGUGUUCUGUGAGAGCAGUGAGCGGCGGGCCGCAGCCGACAAGCGGAACCGGGCCAAGCGGACCUUCGAGGAGAUGCAGAGAUAUCUGCCAGACUUCGUGGUGAAAUGGAUCGGGGACGAGUCCAGAACCGAAGGAGUCCGGGUUCUGUUCGACGCUCUGCAGCAGCCGCUCCUCAACAAGCAGAUGACCUACGUCCUGCUGGACAUCGCCGUGCUCGAGCUCUUCCCUGAACUCGGCAAGCAGGGAGCGAAGGAAGCGUUCAUCGUGUGAACGAGACGGCGGACUGGACUCUGGGUCCACUUCCUGGACG